AUCAAACAUACCUCGGGUGUCAGCUGCCUAGGUAAGCAAUAUUUAUACUAUUAGACCGUUCAAUAAUUACAAAUAAGAAUUAGCAUCGUUCCGAUUCAAUUUAUUCUUUUUUACAUCCUCAUCAUCAUCAUCGUCAUCAGUCUAUAGCAGUCCACUGCUGGACAUAGGCCUCUCCAAUUGCUCGCCACUGAGCACGAUCCUUGGUUUCUCUCAUCCAGCUCCUACCGACCACUCUGCACAGAUCGUCUCUCCACCGAGCCUGAGGGCAUCCUGCGUUAUGUUUGCCAAUUCGCGGUCUCCACUCAAGAACGUGUUUACCCCAACGGUUAACGGUUGUCCGGUAAAUGGCUAAUAUGGCCAGCCCAUUGCCAUUUCAGCUUACUAAACCUCUGUGCUAUGAUGAUAUCUGAUCACCUCGCUCCGGAUUCGAUCCAUCAGAAAACCCUCUCCAUAGCUCUUUAAACUUGUAGACCAACAUACAUAUUACAUAUUUCCGUAUAUUGCAUUGUAGGGAAUCAAGAUGAAGUUUUUGGUGUUUUUCUCGACCUGCGUGCUGGGGGCCAGCGCCGGUCUUAUUGACUUGGACAUUAACAUUCUAUCCGCUCCGACCAGAGCGGAAACGAGGCUCGUCGAUGCUAUCACCACUGCCGAUUACAACACGGCUGUUUCUCUGAUUCUGCUGCUCGAGAAACAAUCGAGUGGAAGCAUCAUCGAGGAUACCGUCAACAAUCUCAUCAGAGACGGCAAUAGGAAUGUUUUAGAGUUCGCCUACAAACUGUGGAUCGGGGAGGGUAAGGAAAUCGUCAAACACUACUUCCCUGUUCAGUUUAGACAGGUGUUAUCCGAGAGCAACGUCAAGAUCAUCAACAAGAGAGACAAUCUUGCCAUCAAACUCGGUGCUGCGACAGACUCAGAUAACGACAGAAUCGCAUACGGCGAUGCUAACGACAAGAGCAGCGAGAACGUCAGCUGGAAGUUGAUUCCUCUCUGGGAGAACAACAGGGUUUACUUCAAGAUCUACAGUGUUCGUAGGCACCAAUACUUGAAACUAGGAACGGCUACGGAUGGUGAAAACGACCAUAGCGUUUAUGGAGAUGAUCGCGCUGACACGCACAGACACCAGUGGUACCUGAAGCCCGCUAAGCUCGACAGCCAGGUCCUGUUCUACAUCUACAACCGCCAGUACAAUCAGGCCUUGAAACUUAGCAGAAGUGUCGACAGCGACGGAGACAGACGCGCGUACUCAAGCUCCAGCAGCGUCGAAGGUCAACCCGAGCUCUUCGGCUGGUCUAUCUCUAUCGUCAACUAAACUAACAAAAAUUUUGAAAUUACUCAUCACAACUACCGAACAACAUUUUUUUCAAUUUAAAUAUUCUUUAUAAAUUAUAUAAUGUAAUAUUUAAAUAAACAAUAGAACAUUAAAA